AUGAACGCACCCGCAAUAGCCGCGAACGUAAUCACAGGCGUCAUUGCCGGCGUUUCCGCGGGUGUCAUCCUUGCCAUCAUUGUCGAAGCCAGGCGGUAUGUUGACUUCAAGAUGAAAAGGCGUGGGCAAAUCAGGUACAUCAGGCGAAUAGUGGAAAAGUCCCAAGAGUUGAUACUGUCCGCGCAAGCUAUCCCACCCACGGACAGCGCGCGCAACGACUCCCCUGCCGAACUACCAAGAAUGGAGUUCCCGCUGGACAUGGUUCGUGGGGCGUACUUCGUCGAAAUGUACCGGGAAAUAGCAAAGACGCUGGAAGGUAGGGCGGACACGCUGACGUUUGACGAAAAGAGAGAGGUUCGCGGCGCAUUCAGGGCAUACGACCUGAUCCUGCCGGGAAGCGACCCGUUUCGCCCGCCCUCCGUGCCAAACGGAGCCGAAUACCACAACAUAUUCGACGCAUUUGAGGCGAUCAAGUGGCUCAAAGUAAAGAGCACCGACCGCACAUCUCUCGGGUCAAGACCGCCCGAAGACGGAGCUUGA